AUGGAACUGUUCUGCGAAUGGAGUGAUUGUCACAAAGUCUUCACUGAUUUGACGAUAUAUUUGCAACAUUUACGUGAAAUACACGCAAACUGUGACCAAAACAAAGACCUCUUGACUGAUGAGGACAGCGACCAGUCCUUCAGUUGUCAAUGGAUUGGAUGCGAAGAAAACAAUUUCGAGAAUUACAAUCAGUUUUGUCUUCACAUCUCAUACCAUGGCUUUCAUCAGAAACUCAUGAGUAAUGGUCUCUCCAUUAUGAAGACAUUGGCGGUGACUAUAAUGAGUGAAUCCAUUGCCUCCUAUUCUUCAGGCGAGUCGAUCGCAUGUCUGAUGGACUCAUCGGCGAGGAAUGUAUUGCCAGAACUGCCGAAUGUCUUCGUCUGCGGCUGGAAGGAGUGCUUCACAGACUUCGUGGACACGGAGUCCUUCUACAGACACGUGGACACUCACGCCAUCGAAGAGGUGGCCAUCCCUUCGCUGUCGAAGGAAGAGCUGAAACGAACGAAAUUCGCCAAAUGUCUGUGGAUUAGCUGCGAGUCGGCCUUCACGUCGAGGUCGCACUUAAGAGAGCACUUGAGAUCACACACUCAGGAGAAGAUGAUGGCCUGUCCCUCGUGUGGUGCGAUGUUCUGCAAUAAAAGCAAAUUCAUUGAUCAUCUCUACAGACAAUCCACGGACAACGGGUCCAACAAAAGCGAUUCGUUGACAAUACAUGUGUCCAAAAGCGAAGACCAGUCGAUGACUACUUUGACGAUACAAAUGGCCCAAACGGACGACUCGAUUGGUGGCAACAAUGGGACCACUUCUUCGAUACUGAUCCAGAACCUGAACUCCGAGAACGAGCUAAUGCUGAUCGAUUUGGCGGACCCGUCGGCCCUCUCGACAGUGACGGCCAUGAACUCGAUGUCCGCCCAGAAGUGCAACUCCGCUCAGAAGUCGUACUCGUGUUCGGAGUGUUGCCGUCAGUUCCCCACCCAAUCGCUACUGUCUGAGCACUUCCGCACUCACGUCACCAAAUAUAAGUGCAGUGAAUGCCAAAUGACCACAAACUCGCCCUCAGCUCUCAAACACCACAUCACUUACAGACACAGCAAUGAGCGGCCCUUUUGCUGCCAGUUCUGUGACAUUAAAUUCAAGUCGCGGUCAGACCUGAGGCGACACAUCGACACUCACAACGAGGAGCCGCCCUUCAAGUGCUCUCUCUGUAACUUCCAGUCCCGAUGUGUCCACACUUUCUCCAAACACCACAAAGAGACACAUUUGGCCAUUAAGUGUGAGUACGUGUGUAAUGUGUGUCAGAAGGCCUUCAGUCGCGGCAAUAACCUCACCCGACAUCUCAUCUCCAUUCACAAGUAUGCUCUGCCGGACGGCUCCUCGAGAUUCCAGUACACCAAACAGGAGGACGGCUCCUACAGACUCGCCAACAAAUCUAUAGCGCAGAACACUAAAUGA